AUGUUAUAAUCUUAUAUAAAUAGAUUCCUUAUAAGUAAUAUAGUUGUAUAAUUUAGAAUUGGGUAUUAUCAGAAAGGAUGAAUCAUUUAUAGUUAGAGAAGAAAUAAGAGAAAAUGCCACAUGGAGUGAUCUAAGAUAAAAUCGAAUAAAAUAAAUAAAGGAUGAUCUUGAAAGUGGAAAUAUCAAUGUUGAUUAAGAGAUAAUAGAAUAAUCAGGAUAAACUCUACUUACUUAGAGUAUAGUAAUAGAUAGAUAUGAAAUAUUUUUAUUGUGUUUAUUAUAUUAAGGUAUAAGUAUAUUAUAAAUGACAUUUAGCAAAUGUGAAUUAAUAAACCUAUGAAGGAAUGAGACCAAUUCAUUUAGCAGCAAGUCUAGGGAGAUUAAAAAUGUUAUAGGAUUUGAAACUAUAUGGAGCUGAAUUAGAUGCUAAAGAUGAAUUGGGUAUGACAGCAUUAGAUAGAGCAAAAUUAUACAAUCAUUCUGAAAUAAUUGAGUUUUUGUAAUAAAAAUAAUGA